AUGAGCACCGAACGUGAACUACGAGCCCAACAUCGGGAACAAACUCGCGAGCAGCGUCCAACCUUGUCAAGAGGAGGAUCUGUAUCCUCUCGAUCAUCUCAUGCGUCCUUAGGUUUGGGGUUCAAUUCACCCAUCCAACCAUCAACAACCCGCCACCGUCCUCCUGGUCAUUGUCCAGAGAGUUUGGAACACAUCCUGGUUGAGGUUCUCGAUCUCCCUCCAGAUGGUAUUCUUGCUCAAGCAUUGAAGCAUGCAAAAAUUACUUGCUUCAUUGACCUCAUGGCUAUGACCGAUGUGGCGAUUGACUCUCUUGUUUAUCCAAGAAGUCAAACACCUGAUGAUGAAGGCGAUUUCCAAGAUGAUCAACUUGCCCUGGUACCACUGUCCAUUCGCAGUCUCAUCAAGGUCAUCCAAGGAUACGUUUACUACCGCAAACAUGUCCAUAAUGAUCCUGUCAACCCUGACAACUGCAUGGAUAUUGACUAUGGAAGUGUACUUGACUAUAGGGCUUCUGGAGAGUUCUUAACUUUUGGUAAUAGAACUAUUCCACAACCUAUUAUCCAGAAACCCAGUCGUCGUACCCCUGCUGAUGAAUUCGAUAGAAGCAUCAGACGAGACCCGUCAUCUUUCCCUACUUUUAGCAAUGAUAAGCAAUGGGAAAACUACAACAUGGCCGACUUAUUCUGUCCAGAUUCUUACUUUGAUGACCCUCCAAUCCCGGCAGCAUUCGAAGUCAAUCAGCCAUAUAGGCGACCGAGUGUUCUAUUUGCUCCUGAAGCUCCCAUCGAUUUUGACAUUGAAACAGGACCAUUGCUUGCCAAAGAUGAUUUUCAAGCUCUUGCACCUGGUUUACCAAAGGAUAUGCUUACUAUUAACGUACCUCCUACACCGAGGCGCAAUCCAAGACGGAAGACUCGUUAUAGUCAUGGUAAUCGCAAUGGGGAGAGAACUGAUAAUGGCCCUCCCCCACGAACCAAGCAAGCACACGAACCUCUGCCACCAACUACUACGGAGUAUAAGAAUCCGAGCUCUGCCGUGAAGUCUCGUGAACGCGAUUGGGAGCGACUGCGACGAUACUUUGCAUGGUUGCCUAAGCUUGUAAUUCAGAAAACUUUUGACUGUACAACUCAGUUGGCUCGCAUUCCCAUGAGUGCCCACCUUCAACGUCACUACCGUUCACCGUUCCCAGCGCUUAAUGUCAACAGACGUAAUGAAGGUUUAGCCACCGAUACCGUCUAUGCUGACACGCCAGACAUUGAACAUGGACAUGUGGCAGCCCAGUUCUAUGUGAGACUAUCCUCUCUUGAUAGCGACGUCUAUGGUGUCACUUUGGAUGCUCAAUUUCUCCAGACAUUACAGGACAACGUACGGAAGCGAGGAGCACCAUCCAAACUUGUGAGCGAUCGGGCUCAAGCACAAGUUUCCAAAGCAGUGAAAGACUACCUCCGUUGGCUAUGCAUCGAUGACUGGCAAAGCGAACCGCAUCGCCAGAACCAGAACCCAGCCGAACGAAGAUACCAAGAUGUUAAACGAUUAGCCAACAGGAUUCUGGACCGCACCGGAGCACCUCCUACUCUAUGGCUCCUAGCCCUUCGCUAUGCAUCUUUUGUCUACAACUAUACUGCUGUCAAGGGCCUUGGAUGGAUGACUCCAAUCCAAGCGCUGACCGGUAUCACCCCAGAUAUUAGUGUACUCCUUCGUUUCCACUUUUAUGAAAAGGUAUACUAUAAAACGGAAGAACCGGCCUUCCCUUCUGACUCUCCGGAGUCCCUUGGUUACAUGGUAGGCAUUGCUGAGCACGUUGGUCAUGCCAUGACCUACAAGAUCCUGAACCCAGAAACGAAUAAAAUAUUGUUUCGUUCGGAAAUCCGCUCUGCUUCAACUGACACUGAUCCCAACAAACGUCUUCAUACAUCUGAUGGGGAGGACUUGUCAGCCCCUACAAUAAUCAAAUCCAGAAACGACAAGACUAAAGUUCAAACCAUUGUUUAUUCCAGUGACGACGAAUCAGACUCUGAAGACGUUCUUGUGGAAAACAGUGAUCUCAUUGGUCGAACAUUCCUUCUUAAACCAGAUAAAGAAGGCUAUGUCAGACGUGCUGAGAUUGUUGAGCUUAUUGACAAGCAUGAGCACAACACGACCAACAAGCCUGAACAUAUUCGUUUUCGUGUGAGCAUUAACAAAGUUUAA